UGUAAAUUAUCCAAUACGUGUUAUUUAUUCAUUACAUUUCAAUAACAUAUUUGAAAAGUUAAGUCAUUUCAAAUUUAAAUAUGUCAUAUAAAAUUGUUUAUAAACCUCUUGUGAGAGACUAAAACAUCCUGAUAAAAUGGUUAAUUAUGAAGCAAACAUAUCAGCUUACGAAACAAUAUCAACUUUGGGCCAAUGUUUCGAAGGAAUGGCAGUGGUCAACUUGGCAAAACACAAAAUUUCGGGCACUAUGGUUGCCAUAAAACGCUUUAACAUGGACCGAAUAAAGCACGAAGCGCACUUAGUCGAGAGAGAAAUCAUUCUCACAAAACAGCUCCAGCAUCCAAACAUUAUAACUUACUUUGUGGCGUUUGUACAUUUGCAUGAAGUGUGUGUUGUGAGUCCUCUGAUGGCUUUUGGGUCAUGUCGUGAUCUUUUAAAUACGCAUUUUAAUGAAGGACUUCCUGAACACGCUAUAGUUUUAAUUUUAAGGGAUUUGCUUGAUGCGCUGGACUACAUACACAAGAAAGGGAUUAUUCACAGGUCAGUCAGGGCUGGUCACAUUUUGAUUUCUGCAUCAGGGAAAGCUUGUCUUACUGGGCUACGGUACGCCUGUCCUAUUGUUUUGAAUGGUAAAUGGCAAAAACAGAUUCAUUCGUUUCCAAUGAGUACAGCGAGGAAUCUAAACUGGCUUAGUCCCGAACUCUUGGAACAAAAUUUGCAGGGCUAUAAUCAAAAAUCGGAUAUUUAUAGUGUGGGUAUGGUAAUUUGCGAGCUGGCAAAUGGUGCAGAACCAUAUGCUGGAGUCUCAACGACCUUAAUGUUGACGGAAAAAGUGAGAGGCUGUGUUCCACAACUGCUAGACUGUACUACAGUACCUACAGAUGAAAAUAACGAAGUUCAUGGUGAUUGUGAUAUAAGUAAUAAUGUAGUUAACAGACGAUUUUCGGAGGAUCUUCACGAACUCGCAACUCUUUGUUUACAAAAGGAAGCAGUUAUCCGUCCCACCGCUAGUCAACUCCUCACACAUCCUAUUUUUAAACUAACGAAGAAAGGAAUUUUUCUGCCUGAUUUACUUAAGCCUGCUAUGCCCCUUAGUAAUAGAGUAGCCGUUAACACAGACGAAGUUGCGAAUUUAGACGUUGUGCAACAGUUUGCUGACUUGGAGUUAUAUUCCUGCGAAUGGGAUUUUUAAAACGACAAUUUAUUCAAUCACUUUAUUUCAGUAUUAUAAAAACUGCUGUGGUUAUUAUGAAAUAGAAAAUUUGCAACAAUUUGGACAGUGAUUGCUCUUCCAAUGACAUUUAUUGUAAUAAAUAAAGAAAAUAAAACAUUUAC